UGUUGUUUUCUUUCGUUGACGCGUUUAAAAAUGGAAAGCAUUUGAAAAUUGAUUCAAGAAACAGAGUUCUAUUUUCUUGACUAUAAUUCUAUCUUUCGAGUUCUGAAAGCAGUUAAUGACACAAUAAAUUGAUAUGUAUUCUUUGGUGAAUUGUUAAUAACUCUGGCAAAGAGCAUGUGCCAUCGUAUGUAUUUAUUAACGUAUUCAAAGAAUAAUUGAAUUUACUCCUCAUGUUAGGUUAAUUUUCUUCCUCUAGUAUUUUUCGCAUUGUCGUUCUCAUUCUCGGAUUUUUUUUUCCUACAUGCAACAACUAAGUGAAAUUGCAAACUGUUAUUGGUUCAAAAAAGAUACGAGUUUGUAUUCUGUGCAACUAAGUCAUUGAAGAAUUAUUUGAAGGAAGCAACCAUACUUUAAUUAUAUUUCCGCCAAUUGAGAAUCAACUUUUCCAUUAUUCUCUUAUUUUCAUGCAGAAAAUGGGACCUGUCAAGGAAAUUUUAGAAAAAUAUCGUUGCUCACAUUCUAGUUCCAUUGUUAGUCAACCUAUUCGGACAGAUAAAGUUGCUUGCAUGGUAACGUCUACACCUUUGAAAAUAAACAGAGAGCAGCAUUCGAAGCUUGAAUGGCCUUUCCCGGUAGAAGAAAGUCCGAAUCUCUCUCUUGACCAUCAUUCCCUGAUAAAAUGUGCUGCAAAUAGUACACCACCAUGUAAAAACACUAAGGAGGGUAACAAUUUAGAAACCUUUACCACUGCACCAACUGGAUCGACUGAUAAAACUUGCUUUGUAACACGGAGUACGGCAGCAACCAGUGACAAAAAGAAUUCAGGACCUAACAACGUUGAUUUUGCUCCUAGAAAUGAGGUUGGAAAGUGGAAAAUAAUGAACUCAGACGAAGAGAAUGAGUAUCAGAGCAAUAGAAACAAUUCUGUGAAGAAGAAAAAGUACAUUAAAGAUAGAAUCAUCAAAUCAUCAACUAACACACGAUGUUCGACACGGAAGAAGGAACUACGGAAAGUAAAUUACAGCAUCAACAGCAGGGAAUCUUUAUCAAUUUAUAAAGUAACUAAUAAUUUGGAUUCCACGAAUGAAAUAUUUACAAAGUCUAUUAGUAAUAGUAGUAACAAUGUUCUUUUGAUCAAAAAACCACUAGACAAUGUAGAGAUUUUACAAACCAAAAGUAUUCGUCCAAAGAUUACAUCCUCAAUAGCAAUACCAAAGCAGAAAAGCUCGUUUAACAGAAAUAAUGAUACACCUGUAGUUAGAAGAUCAGGCAGAAAAAGGUGUAAACCCUUGGAAUACUGGAACGGAGAGAGGUUCAAAACAAAAAGAGAUGAUUCCCCAGAAUUUGUGCCGACUAUAGCUCACAUAAAUGGAAAAGGAAAAAAAAUGAAGAAGAUACGAGAUGCUAAAGCAGAACUAAAAGACAUUCGACAGAGUAAUGAGGUUUCGACAAGUACUCCAAAUAUAAAAACUUCUGAUAAAGCUAAAACAGAACUCACGAGUGAACCAUUAAUUGAAGAGAGAAAUGACAACGGAGUGAUGUUGAAUACGAAGCCUAGGCGGAAGUCCAAGAAAGUAGUUAGAUUUUCUGCAACCACAACUAAAACAUCAGGCAGCCCUGUGUUCAAGAAAAAUUUAAAAUCAGACUGGCACGUAAACUUUCAUGGAAUAAAACGGACGCCAAAAGUGCUAUUGAACUUUGACAAUUAUAGUAUUUUGCCUGGCUUGAAUACAGUCAUGGGAUUUGUAUCAAGUUCUAUUGUACAGAUGCCCCCAAACGGGAUAAAUAGGAGUCAAGCACCAGAUCACCAUCAUAUGGUAUUUUGUAUUAUGGCGGGUAAUAUUGUAGUAACAAUUCAUGAGAAGAGCAUUAAAAUGGACACUUACGGACAUUUCACUGUACCAUGUGGAGUUUCGUAUACUCUUGAGAAUGUUGGCAAGAAAAAAGCUAUCCUCAGCUGCUUCCAGAUUGCCAAUGCCAAAUAUAAGUGAAAGUGUGACCAUGGAAAGAUAAUGACUAGUUUUUAAGCUUCGAGUAGAACUUGAACUCUGUGAAGUACUUUUCAGCAGCUUGAUUUGAAAAUGAAUUUCUAUUUUAUGUA